CACAACUAACCGUGACUCAGUUACAAGUAGUUGUGCUGUGGCUCCCUGGCACGCUGGACUCUAAAUAAAUAAAAAGUCUCAGUAUGCAUACGGACCAAGGACCAAAGGUGGAUGAUGUCGAAUUCAUACAAGACGAGGCGCAAACAUCAAACCUAGUAGCGGCAUCGGCAUCAACAUUCGAAACAGCUGUGCAUAACAUUGAUGAAGGGGUGGGCAAGGAUGCGCCCAACGGAAACGAGAAAACUGUACCUGAGUUCUACAGCAAGGCUCAAAAGUAUUGGUCUGAAGUACCUGCAACUGUGAAUGGGAUGCUUGGUGGCCUUGGCUAUAUCAGUGCUAUAGAUGUACAAGGAUCCAAGAAUUUUAUACGUGAAAUAAAAGUGCCCGGCAAAAGAUGGGCUCUAGACUGCGGUGCCGGUAUCGGUAGAGUUUCUCGUAAUUUGCUAAUGCCGCUAUUUACAAAGGUCGAUCUGGUAGAACAGGAUCCAACGUUUGCUGAAAAGGCCCGCGAGCUGUGUGCAGGAGAUGAAGCGCGUUGCAACAACUUUGGUCAAGUUUAUAAUGUUGGCCUGCAAGAAUUCGUUGCGGAGCACAAGUAUGACUUAAUAUGGAGUCAGUGGGUCCUUGGUCACCUCACAGAUCCUGAUCUAUUAGCAUUUUUUCGUCGCAUGCGUUUUGCUCUGGAGCCAGAUGCUUAUUUUUGCAUCAAAGAAAACGUUAGCCAAACAAAAGCCGCUGUGAAAGAUGAGGAGGAUUCGUCAGUUACGCGUCCGCUUGAAAUUUAUGAGAGAAUACUCAAGGAGGCUGGAUUUCGCAUAGUGAGAAAGGUGCGACAACAAAAUUUUCCGAAAGGACUGUUUCCUGUUUACAUGAUUGCCUGUAAAUCAAAUACAAAGACUGGCGCUUAAAUAUAAUAGUACUUGUUGCCUUAUGUUUACCCCCAUAUCUAAUGUAAAAAUAAAUUGAACUAUUUACGCUGCUGACAAAAU